UUCAUGGCAGCUGGAGAACUCGCGCAUUUCAUGAGACACACGGCACAGCUAUGCCGUCCAUCACGGAAACUACAUUACCCAUGGUGCUCAGCGCUUAGGCGCGAUGGAGAAGCGUGUGGCGUAUCUAGAGAAGAGGAUCCGUGGCAAAUUGGAGCAUCUGGGAUUUGAGGUUCAUCCUUUCAAGGUAGGAUGGUACAAUGCAGUCCUUCCUUCAGUUUUUCAUUUGUCAUACUCGGAUAACACACUGGCAUUUGUGGUACUCAGUAUCCCUGCCAUGUUUGACAAAGCCUUCAAACCUUUCUUGAAGAGUCAGCCACUGGAAAAGAUUCUUGACCCUGUGGAUCAGUGCAUUUCCCAUCACCUUUCACUGGUUAGGGAGAGCCUCGCUGACCGUCAGGUGGAGAUUAUGUAUGAUUAUGAGAUGCUGCCCAAUCGGAAGCCCCGGUUCUUGGCCCAAACUGCAGCACAUGUAGCUGGUGCUGCAUACUACUACCAGAGGAAAGAUGUGCAACAAGAUCCUUGGGGAGAGAAGAAGAUUUAUGGUGUCUGCAUUCAUCCCUAUUAUGGAGGCUGGUUUGCCAUCCGGGCACUCUUGCUUUUCCCAGAUGUUGAAGUAUCCUUCUUGCAGCAGAAUCCCCCUAUUGAUUGUGUGAGGACAGAAGAAGAGAAAAUAGAACUGCUGGAUAAGUUCAAUUUCCACUGGCAGGACUGGCGCUAUCGGGACAUUAUUGAAGUGAAGGAGAAGUACUCAGAAGAGCAGAAAACAUACUUUGCAGCUCCUCCAGCUGAACGGUUAAAACUGCUGGGGCUUCAAGGAGGAUUACAGAGGAAUGCAAUGCACUGAUUAACUGUUUUCACUGUGCAAAAGGCAUACGAGGCCUACUUCACUGUGCCUACUUCACAAAGAUGGACCACAACAACAACUUGUUGAUUUAGUCUGGCAACCUGAUUCUCUAUUGUAGGAGGAGAACUGAAUUCUAGAAUGGGGUCAAGCCUAGGUUAUAAGAGGGAUGGUUAAAAUGCUCCUCAUGUUAUAAUAUAGGUUAGCAAUUGAUCUGCCAACCUUGCUCUCAGUUAGGCAGGAAUUAGUUUCACUUGAAACCUGUAAAUCGAUACUUGGUAACACUACAUUUUGAAUUUUAAUAUGAUAUUAUUUUAAGAUUGGUCGGAGAACUUAUUUUUUGUUGUUUACUUUAAUUGUAGUGAGGGAGUGUGCUUUGUUUUAUGAUGGGUAGCUGAAAUGUGAAAUCAUUUGCCUUUUGUAUGAGCUCAGGAAAGACAUCUUUGUACAUGAAGGUAGCACUUUUUGUAUCCCUGUAGGAGAAAUUCUCCCAGAAGCAAAAGAUUUUGAAGGAUAUUGCCUAGUCCCUUUCAUGGAGUCAAAAGAAAUUUCAGAUACCACCUCUACCAUUGUAUAUUCAUGCAUGCUCUGUGACUGUGAAAUUCUUUCAUUUGUUCCAUUGAACUUUCCUCCCCUUUUUCUUUCUAUUCCUGUGCAAAGCAUGGUCAUACAGCCUAACCUAACUGGUGGGAGAGGUGUAAUGGGGUUGUAAAAAAAGUAAAACCGAAGGAAGUAAA